AUGAGGGAAUCGAUGGCCGGCACCAAGUCUUUCUCCAAGUCGCUCAUGAUGCACCACUCUGUGACGGCCGCUGGGCCGAGCCUUCCCGCAUACAUGGAAGGCGAAACUGACAGCAACGUUAGCGGACCCCCACCGCCAGACCCUGCAAUCAGCUUGCUCCGGAGCAAAGGCGCAACAACUAGAAUGGGAAACAUGAGCGCGUGUACGACGGGGCCGGAGCAUGAGCGGCUGCUGGCGCUGGAGCAGGAGAACUUCCAGCUGAAGAAGGACAUUGCGGAAAAGGAGGAGAGGAAUAAGAUGCUGUUGGCUCGGUUGGCGCGUACAGAGGAGGCGGCCAAACGCAAGAUGAGACUUGACAUCGUGACGGCGUCAGGAGUGCGCAGCGGGGGGAAUGUGGCGCUACAGUUUGCAGCCGAGCAGCGUGUGGUGGAACUGGAGGAAAAGCUGCGGGAAAGCGUGCGGGCGUGCACCCGGGAGAAGGAACGCGUUCUCCACUUCAAGGCACUCGCAAAGACCUCAAAAGGCCGCCUCGAGGAGACUCUGCGUCUGACACGCACGACCCGCCCCGCCAAUCUUAACCGACAGCGCUCCAUGAGCGCUCUCCCAACCACCCGUGUUCUCAGCAUGAGCGUGGGGGGGGCGAAUCAGCAGAAGGAGAACCCCCCCCGGACGUUCUUACAGGCGUCCGAGGAAGCAUAUAGGGAGAAGUUGGCUGCGCUGGAGAAAGAGCUAGCGGCGGCGCAAGUCGACAACUUGGGGCUCAGGAUGAAAAUUGGGACGCUGGAGCAGCGGGCGCCGGCUGGGGGGGUAGGAAACGCACUGCCGAAGAGCCCCCUGGGGAGGACGGCGUCGGUUUCGGGGGGAGGGGUUGCUGAGCUCAGCGCGGAGGUGCAAGGACUGAGGGCACAGCUGGCGGAGGUUCCGCAGCUGAGAAGGGAAGCGGCGGAAGCGGAACGGUUUAGGAGAGAGGCGGAAGAGGUGCCGAGACUGAGGCAAGAACUUGAAGAACUGCAGAGACUCAGGAAGGAACUAGAUGAGGUGCCGCGGUUGCGCCGCGAGUUGGCCGAUGCGCGAGCCGCGGCGGCAAUGGUUGCGGACGCGGGAUUCGGUGUGAAUCAAAGAAGCACGGUCCAGGGGGGUACCUUUGCGGGGAUCAGGAUGGGGGGAGAAAGUAGCAAUCUGAGCGCGGAGCUACGAACGGCGUGGGAACGGGUAACGAGCCUGCAGAAACGGUAUGACGCGGCGGCGGAGGCGCUCGCGAGUAUUAACGGGAACCACGAGAAGGCGCUGCAGCAACUGGAGGAGACGCAUCGGCAACUGAACCAGGAGCGCAAAACAGUGGCCCGCCUCACCGCACGUGAGUCCGAGCUCGUCCUACAACUAGAGGCGGCACGCGAGCUCGCGCCCAUGCUUGACACCGCGCGCCGCGAGCGGCUCGCGCUUGAGAAAGAGAACGUCGCCCUCCUCGCUCAGGCCAUGGCCGCGCCCGAAAGCGCGCUCGCGGAGCUCAAAAGCGCGCGCGCGCUCUUGGCCGACGCGCAGAAACAGGCCGCCGAAGCGGAGCUGCGCGAGGCGGAGGCGCGGAAAGAGGCGAGCGACGCGCAGCGCGCGCUCGUGCGCGCGCAGCAGGCGGAGGCGGAGGUCCGCGAGGCGCGCGCGGAGAGGGACGGGGCGCGGGCGGAGCUUGGGAAGGUCACGCUUAUGGUGGAUCAGCUGACGGAGCAGCUACGUCAGCACGGGCCGAGCGGUCCCACCGGGCUGAUGCAGCGGCUGGCGGAGGUCAAGGCAAACGGAGCGAGUUCCCAGGGGGGAAGCCCCGAGCAGCGGGACCUGAAGCUAGAGCUGGAUGAGCUCCGGACGGCGUUUACGGAACAGCUGACGGAGCUUCACACCGUGGAGCGGGAACUGCAUCAAGCGGAAAACACAGUUCAGGAGCUGAAGCAGGAAUUGGAGAGUAGUCGGGCGAAGGCCAAGGAGCUCGAGGGACAGCUUACGAGAAAGAUCGAAAAGCUAGAAGCCGAGCUGUCCGCACGGGGGGAGCGCCUCCGACAGGUGGAAGGUCAGCUGAAGCGUUUCCUAGCCGGGGGUUCACGUGCCACACGCGCGAGCCUGGUGGCGAGCCGCGCUCUUGGGGGGGGAGACAGCGAUUGGAGCGACACAGAGAGCGUUGGGGGGGGAAGCGAGGCGGGGUCGCUCGCGGAUCUAGACCAGGAGAGCAACAUUGUGGAGCUGCGGGUUGCGGGCGCUUCUCUGGAGUUGGCCAAAUUGGGCACCAAUGAUCCACACACGUUCCUGACAUUUGACUUUUACGAGCACGACACGCAGGCUACGGGCGUAGUCGGCGGCGCGUCUCCCGCUUAUGGCAGCAACAUCCAAUACGUGGUCAACGUCGACGACUUCUUCCUUUCGUACGCGCAGAACAACAAGUUGCUGGUGGAGCUGCACGUUCGCGACGGCCCUGACUUCCGCACGGUGGGGAGCGCCGGGCUGCCGCUGAGCCUGCUGCUGGGCGACAGCAGCGGGCCCGCCGGGCGGAAGCUGCCCCGGGAGGUCCAACUGAGGAACGAGAGCGGGGAGCUGGUCGGGACGCUGCGCUACAGCCUGGCUAUGCGCCGGAGCAUUGCUAAGCAGCUUCAGGCGUUCCUGACGCGCCCCACUGCCGCCCCCGCCCGCCGGCGCAGCUCCGUCGACCCCCUCGCGGCCGCGGUUGCAGCCGCUGCCGCGUCCCCCGACUCCUGCUCCACGGUCUACGUCACCAUCGACAGCGCCCGGGGACUGACCACCCGGCGCGCGCGCGGCGGAAACGGCCUGGUUCCGUACUGCAGUUACUGCUUCCCGGGGUACCCGGUUCACGACACCCGGUUUGGGGCGGGCCCGAAUCCGCACUUUGCUGACGUGGCGGCGUACCCGUUCAUGCGAUCUGCGCCGUUGGAUGCGGUGCUUCGGGCGGCGAGCUUGCAGGUGCAUCUGCUCGACGAUGCGGACCCGGACCUGGAAAACGCGGGACUGGUGGGCACGGCGGAAGUUCCGCUCAAGGCGCUCAUCGAGGCGGGCGGACUGCAGGGCGAGCUCCCGGUCAAGGACAGGGCCGGAAAGGUGGUUGGCACUUUGGCUGUGGGAGUCUCGUGGCGCGCGCCGCCGCCACCAACCAGCGCGGAACCGGGCGGAACAAGGAUUACCGGAGCGGCAUCCCCAGCUGUUGCGGGACACCUCCUCGACGCAGAUUACGAGGUUCUGCAUCCAACUGAGAAGUUGCCACGUGGAAGCCGGCGACUGGACGCCCCUGGAGCAUCCGUUACGAGUAGUGCGCGGUUUGCCAAUUCCUUAGAGCGGCGGCCGGAGGAUGAUGAUCAAAGUAGAAGGAGCGAGGAACGAAGACUUGAGGACGGAAAAGGAUCUGGCCCUAGCGGGGGUGCGGGCAGCAGCGGCAGCCAAGCCCCCACGAGAAAGUCGCAACGAGGGAAUACAAAACGGGGGGGUGAUCGGGAGUCAACUGGGAGGCGGGGGGCGGAUGAGAAAAGGGGACCCGACUCUGAGCAGCAGUCUCCAUCUAGCCAGCCCUCCACGCCUUCCCGUUUCCACGCUCCUCCCGACCGGGGGACUCGCACCGCCCCCCGAAUGCGCGGCCGCUACAGUGGUAGCUCCGACGACGAAGAGGUCGGUUGGGCCACCCCGGGGCACCCCCGAGGGCGACCGUUGGAAGCCGAGAGCAGCGAGUGGGUCGCCCCAAAACGUCCCGGGGAACAGCCCCGAGGGCGACCGUUGGAAGCCGAGAGCAGCGAGUGGGUCGCCCCGAAACGUCCCGGGGAAAAGGCCCGGGCGGGCGCGCUGGAAGCCGAGAGCAGCGGCACUAGCGAGGCACGCUCUAGCAAGGGCAGCCGGGGGAGUCAGGUGGGACGGUUGCGAGGGCACGGGGGGGUGAGACAUAGCAUCGUAGUCGGGGCGGGGAACCCCCCGGAAGCGGGGCCGGUCGUGAGCAUUACCAUUCAUAAGUUACGGCUAGGUUCGGAGGCGGUACGCGACCCAAUCAUCCAGCGGGUGUUUGUUCUCUUCGACUUCCUCCCGCGGUUCGUACCGGUCACGGACCAGAGGACCCAGUCGGUGCCCAAGACGGGGUCGCUCCUAGACAUCGCCUUCUCUAGAACUUACUCGUUCGCGGCCGCCACGCACGCAGCCGCGCGCCAGGAGUUGUGCGCUAUGCUCCGCUCUUCCGCUGGGGAGGACGCUUGCAUUCCGUUCUGCAUCGGAACGGAAGGGGCCGCAUUCGGAGAAUACCACGAGCUCGGCUUCACGGAGAUAGACCUCGGGGAGAUUCUGCACAGCGGGCGGGAUCUGCAGUCCCAGCAACUAGAGGUGGUGGAUAGGGAUGGGCGACCAAUCGCUGCUUUGGAGGUCAGCGUGGUCGCCUUAGCGGCGCUCAAGCAUGUGAUGAGUGGUAGGUGA